GGAGUGCACUGUUUUCAGUGACCAGUGACAGCAAUAGAGUCAUGGAGACAGCUGACUGUAGGAGGAGAGCUUCGUGCACAUGUCACUGUCACGUAGGAUAUUUAUAAAAAGGCUGCCGAUGGGUUGAGUGGGUCUAAGCUGGUCUGAGACGAGGUCGGCGGGAGAACUCUCUCGUAGCUUUCCGGGUACCCAGAAGCAGAUAGAUGGGGUGCUCUUCUAUUCUGACCACGAAUGAUCAGCUAUGGACCAGAUCACUUUUCAUCAUGAUACUGUGCUGUCAGAUAUUCACAUGCUCCUGCCUAAUGCACGCCACCUUAUGACACGCCUCAACCAUGUUGGCCAGCCUGUCUUCAUCUCCAACUUCAAGAUCUUGUUGAAUGAUGAGAGGCUUGACAACAAUGACCCAGGGAAAAGUUUAGAGCAGGAAAAAUGUGAUGACCCAAGGGAAGACUUGGAAAAAGACACAAAUGCCACCCAAGAAACGGUUGGAGAGGAAGGUGGGGAAGGAAAUGUGGAACUGUGCUUAGAUGAGGAUGGAGACCUUCACAUUACACAUCGACCGAGGAAAUACCCUGUCGAGGGUAGAGGCCGAGACUUGGUCUGCCCCAUCAUUCUCAAACAAUCUAACCCUCUACUUGAACAAGAAGAGGAAAAUACUGAUGAUACAGCUGAUAAGUGCUUCAAAGACAUCAUAAGGAUUGAGCACACUAUGGCAACCCCCCUGGAAGAUGUUGGCAAGCAGGUUUGGCGAGGGGCAUUCCUUUUGGCUGACUUCAUCCUCUCUCGCCGGUCAUGUUUAGAGGAGCUACAGUCCUUGAGCUUGGAGCGGAUUAGGGUUCUCCAGUGUUGUCAUGGCAACCACAGCCAAAACAGUGUACUGCACAGAUGUGGGAGAAGACCUUCUAAGCAUGUGCAAGAGAAAUGUGACAUUAAACAGACACAUGACGGAGCCUGCAGGUGGUGAAGUGAGAGUGAGGCAGUUGGAUUGGCUCCAGCAUUCCCUUUGUACAGGUAACACACCAACAUUUCCAA